AUGAACGUCGCCCGAAGCAAGCAUGUGCUGGAUCUCCUUCAAAGAGGAGGAGGAGCCGCUCUGGGAGGCCUCAGCCAUUCUGUAGGCGUUCGAUCGGUCAUGAUUGGAGGGUUGAACCAAACCAACAAUUUGUUCUUGGACCACCACAAGAGCAGCUCCACCACCACCACAUCCCUCACUCGAUCGUUUGUGAGUGUGGCCCGUCCUCGACGCACUGGUCGCAGUCGUCAUCAUGCCAGCAAACGAGCUCCACCGGAUAUGGCCAAAGCCAUGGCCAUGCCGCUGUCUUGCAAGGAAAUGGACAACUCGGAACUGGUCAUGUUGGGUGCAAUGGGGAACACGGAUGCCCUCAAGGAAAUUCUCGUGCGACACAUUAUGACGGUCGAUAAGGUACCCUACGAGACGGCAAAGGAGAAAGGCCUGGAAAUUGCCAAGACCAAUCGAGAAGGCAUGUGGUUGUUGACGUUGCCCUACAAGGUGGGAAUUGGAAUGGCCAUUACGGUCGCCGUUGGAUCCUUUCCCAUGGUCUUUGAUAUCAACACGGUCUCGUGGUUCAAUGAGUACUACGUUACGGCCGAUGUCCCGGAACCCAAGGAUCUUGAAACACCCUUGGAAGUGGGAAGUUGGGCAUGGGCGUGGAUGGAACCGCCUUUGGGACAAUUCUCCUUCUUUUUGCUCUGUUUGCAGUACAUCAGAAAUCAAAUCCAAAACCUUGGAAUCCGUCCUUACACACAAAAACUCAUGGCGGCAAGAGCAGAAAAAUUGGCCCAAGCCUAUCCUCAGUAUGAUGCUGAUAUUGUCAAGGAUUUUAGCUUGUCCGUUACCUUCUACCAUGACAAGCAUGGUCUACAAUUUGGUCGUUUCGAAGUACUAUACAUGGAAGGAAUCAAUGUCAAGCAGUUUUGUGAACGAGACUAUGCGGUGACAGCAGAGUUACAUGCCAAAUGGGAGAAGGAGCAAAAAGGACCAACCACCUACAAUCACAACACUCGAAAGCAAUAUGGAUUCCAUAUCAAAGAAUGUCUCAGAAAGAGACUGGCACUGCCACAAGGGUGGCUUUUGCCAGUUGAUCUGAUGACGAGAAUUCCACACUUUCAAGUGUUUUUGGAAGGUGCAAGGUUUGGGUGCUCGAGGAGUGGGCAUGGAUGA